AUGCCUAUUUAUUUAUUUGUCCUCCUAUACUGCAUACUCAAAUCUGUCUAUGUUAUGCAAAAAAAACAUCGUUUAUCUUCUUAUCUAUGGAGUUCGAUGAUAUCAAAGUUCUAGUUUCACUAACUAAGGUUCAGCAAAAAGAACCAAAGAAAGCAACAUAAUUUAUCUGACGCUGAGCUUGGUUUCGGCAAUUCAAAUGGCAAUAUUACUGAAAAGAAGGAAAUGGAAAUUUCAAAAUGUUAAAUCCACAGUGAGUCAGCUGAUAAGCUCAUCUCAUUUACUUCUUUGAAUUCUCUAGACGAAGAGUAAGAUUAAAGCUCUCAAAAAUACUUUUAGUGGGAGACAUUCUUUUAAUAUUUCAAGCUUGAAUUCUGUGGAAAGUCAAACCGCUCAUUGUAUACUCUCAGAAACAUCUCUCCUAAGUCACGCACUUUCAUAAUAUUAGGAAUUGUUUUAUAUAAUGUAAUCUCUACUUUUACCUAUCUCGCUACUCGCUUAACUUCUCGCGAUUCUUUUAAUCUUGUAUAUCUCUAAAUCUUCUUUUUUGAGGCUAUCUUCGCCUUAAGCUUCCCUAACUUCAUAACAAUAGUUACAUGUCUCAAAGAGUUUUCAUUUAUUUCUUACUUGACUCGCCAAGUUGGUUUAUACUUAAUUCAUAUUACUAUGAUUGUAUUUUAGCUAAAGACUCUAGAAAUAUUAUUCUUCAUUUACUACAUCUUAGUAGUUGUUUUAUAUUAUGAUCCUUGUUCUAUGACUCCUUACUUCUAAACUGAGAACCAACACUAAAACACUCUCGAAAUGUAUCAUUUGACAUUCUUAGGAAAAAUACAUGGAAGAUUUAUGUUCUUCUAUGUUAGACGUGUUGAUGAAUCUAAUUUUAGAGUUAUCAUUGCCUAUGCCCUUAACAAAUAGCUCUAAGUUUAUAAGGAAUCAAAUUUUGGAAACAAAAAUGUCCAUAAACUCCACUUUGAUAAAAAGCAUAAACUACUCACCUUAUGGACUAAAGCUCCUGACACUGGAAUUGAAAUUGCAAUCUAUCAUGUCCCCUCUUUAAAAUGUUUAUAAGCCACAAGUUUAUACAGAUCUCCUGCCGCAAAUGUAUAUGGCUAUGAAAAUUGCCCUUAAAAGUAUUGUCUUAUAAAUAAAUAAGGACAUAACGUCCAUCUCUUUGAAGGAAACGUUUACUUGACAGCAAUUCCAAUCCCUGGAAGACCUGGCGCUUAUGACGAUUUCUUUGUCUACGAAGCUAGUCAUGGAAGCGAAAUACUCCUUGGAAAAAUUCAAAACACCAACGAAACUACCGAUUAUAGAGUAUAUCGUAUUGUUAAGGAGAAAAAAAUAUGGAUUGCUGAAGAUAAAAUUGAAUUUGAUGAAGUUAUAACCAGCUAAAUUUUAAUUAGCAAGGAAAAAUUAAUUUUCAUCUCCGCUUCAUGGAAUAUUUAUGUUUAUGAUCCUAACACUUUACAAAGAAUUGAUGUAUUUUCAAACUAGUUACUUCCUAACUCUAUUUACUGCCAAACUAAGUACCACGCAGAUUAAGAACUAUUUGAAGUAGAAAUUAACAAAGAAGGAGCUAAUUUCUUAAUCCCAGAUAUCACUAGACCCAAAGUAUUAGCAAGAAUGGAAAAAAAGGAAUUUAAUUCUCUCUUUUUCUUGAACUAUAAGCCUAUUAUUCUUUGCUUCUAAAAGUCAGGAAAGUUCUUCAAGAGAACAGUCAAGUAUUCUAUUUUUGACCUUCCCAAAAAAGAAGAACUCUACAAUGAAUUAACCCCUUCAUAAACUGACCUUGAAAACUUCUAUACUCAAGUCCCCGAAAUUAGCGAAUUGUAAAAGUGA